UACUGAGCAUGUGCAGUACAGUAGAAUCUAUAUUGACGAUCUCUUGCCAUGUGUACGAUUGACCAUGGAUAGCCAAGCCAUAGUACAAGCUCUUUCAGGUACAUUGUUUCCAGAGCAAAGAGAGCAUGCUGAGACACUUCUUGAAGAGGCUCAUCGUCUACCUAACUUUACACCAUGCUUGCUACAAAUAGUGCUGGACAACAACGUUCCUAUGCCUACACGGCAGGCAGGUGCGAUAUACCUGAAAAACUGUAUGGGUAAGUACUGGAGGGAUCGUGAGCCAGGAGAUGACAAUGAGCUGCCGUGCCCCAUACCAGAGCAAUCAAAAACUCUCAUUCGUGACAAUAUCAUUGCCAGUAUCAUACAAUCUCCUCCUCUAAUCUGUCGCCAGCUGUGUGUGUGUCUGGAGCAGAUCCUCCGUUAUGAUUUUCCCACCAAAUGGACUGGCAUUGUGACAGCAGUACAUGAUUACCUCUCAUCAGAUAACCAGGCCACUUGGAUGGGCAGCUUACAAUCUCUCUACCAGCUAUCCAAGAAGUACAAGUUCAAGAAGGCUGAGGAGCGUACUGAGUAUGUUGCGGCCAUGAAGACACUGCUCCCUCUUCUCUAUGAGCGCAUGAUGGCCAUCCUAGCUGACCAGUCCAUCCCCUCUGUCAUGCUGCAACACAGCAUUCUCAAAAUCUUCUACGCAACUAUGCAGUAUUCUCUUCCACUGGAGAUCCUCAAUGAAUCCACUCUGCCUGGUUGGAUUAUUGUUUUGCAGACCAUCGUGCAGCGUCCUGUGCCAUCUGAAGCAGAUGAAGUUGAUGAGGACGAGCGACAAGAGCUCCAGUGGUGGAAGUGUAAGAAAUGGGCUCUGCACAUAUUCUGUCGUCUCUUUGAGAGAUAUGGAAUCCCUAAUGGGGUCGAAAAAUGCUUUGCAGCUUUUGCCAGCUAUUAUGCCAAAACAUUCAAUGCUGGGGUCAUUAACGUAAUUCUGAGGCAACUGGAGGUGAAGCGCCAUGGGCGGUAUGUGUCCCCUAGGGUAAUUCAAGGAGUGUUCAACUAUCUAUGGAAAGCUGUUGACCAUGCUGCCUCAUGGAAGCUGAUACGAUCUCACUUUCUGGCCAUCUACCAUGAUGUCGUGUUUCCCAUGAUGUGUUAUAGUGAUGAUGAUGACCAACUCUGGCAGGAGGACCCCUAUGAGUACAUACGCAUGAAGUUUGACAUAUUUGAAGAUCUCCUCUCUCCAAUUGUGGCCGCUCAAAACUUCUUAGUUAGUGCUUGCUCCAAAAGGAAGGCAGUGCUAGACCCUGUUAUGGCUAUGUGUGUGCAAGUGCUUGAGCUUCCGCCUGAUCAGAAAGAUCCUAGGAAAAAGGAUGGUGCUCUCAACAUUAUUGGACAAGUGGCAGAGGUGCUCAUGAAAAAGAAAACGUACAGAGUUCAGUUGGAGUCUAUGUUGGUCACACAUGUGUACCCUGAGUUCCAGAGCCAAUUUGGGUACAUGAGAGCCAGGGCUUGUUGGAUGCUUCACUACUUCAGCGAGAUCCAGUUCUCUCGACCUGAGAACCUUCAAUACGGCCUCCAGCAAGUGUUCAACUGUUUGACACAGGACAAAGAGCUCCCAGUGAAGGUAGAGGCUGCAGUGGCUCUGCAGUUCCUUAUCAAACACCAGGAAAUGGCUCAAGAGUUUGUGCAGCCACAUGUGAAGCCAAUUAUACAGGAGCUGCUGGUUGUGAUUCGUGAGACUGAGAAUGACGAGUUAACAGGUGUCAUGGAAGAGCUUAUUGAGACCUAUUCUGACCAAAUAGGAGAUGUUGCAGUCAGCCUCUGCGCCAGUCUGGUGGGAACAUUUACUGAGAUAGUGGACCCUCAUGGCCAGAGCACCGACGAAGACAGCUACAAAGCACUCACCGCACUUGGUCUGCUCAGUGCUGUGCAGACCUUAGUCAAGGCUUCGUUCAACGAGCUACAGAUAAUGAAGCAACUUGAAGCCACAACAAUUCAACUCAUUGCAACCAUCUUCCAGAAUGGAGUAUUAGACUUCUAUGAUGAGGUUCUAGCACUACUGGAUUUGUUCACCUCGGUGUCCAUAUCUCCUCAGGCAUGGUCUAUGCUAGCAAUACUGUAUGACAUGUUCACUAGAGAUGGUUUCGACUAUUUCUCAGAUAUGAUGCCAGUUCUGUACAACUAUGUCAAGGUUGAUAUCGAGACAUUUCUGUCCAAUCCCAAGCACGUGGAAGUAGUCAUCACCAUGUGCAAGUCUGUUCUGUCUACUGAUUCUGGGGAGCUGCCUCAACAACAUGCAUGCAAGCUGUUAGAGGUUCUGGUUCUGCAAACACAGGGGAGAAUAGAACCAUACAUACCCAAUAUCUUGGCUAUUGUAUUGGAGAGGCUGACUCAGGAAAGCAGGACUCCUGAGCUGCGAACUAUGUGUCUGCAAGUGGUCAUCGCCAGUCUGUAUUUGAACGCCCCUCUCACUAUUGAUUUGUUGGAAAAGACUCAUUUCCCUGACAGCUCAGCGUCAAUAUCUACACAAUUUCUGACCCAAUGGCUUAAAGAUGCCGAGCUCUUCAUGGGGGUCCAUGAUCGGAAAGUGUCAGUGCUAGGAUUUUGCUCACUGCUUCAAGCUCCUCUGCGACCUGACGUGUUCGUUGCUCUGGCUCCAAAAAUUGUUCCAGCUAUUGUUGUUCAAAUGGAGGGACUAGUAGAGGCUUACAAACAAAUAGCAGCCGAUACAGAGGAGGAUAAUUGUGGGGAAGAUGAAGUGGAAUUAGGAGAUGAUGAGGAAGACAACAAAGAGCUAGACAGUGAAGAAGACGAUGUCGAUGAUGAAGCUGAUGAAUACCUAAAGCAACUGGCUAAAAAGGCGUCUGAAAUGAACGGAGAGGAUUUAUCGAUAGCUAGCAGUGACGAUAUGCCGCAGACUAUGAUGGAAAUUGACUACGAGACUGUAAUUGAUGACGACGCUGUGGAUGAGUUUACAACAUUCAAGGGAUUGUUAGAAGGUUUGGCAGCAACUAAUCAGGAAGUAUAUACACUCCUAACUGGCUCACUCUCACCGGUUGAGACUGAAAAGUUACAGAAAGUGAUAUUAUAUGCAGAGCAAAGAAAAGUUGCCAAUGAAUCUCGACAAAUUGAACUGGCUGGUGGCUAUCAGUUUGCUGUGACAAACGUACCAAACGCCUUUUUGUUUUCUUCUCCACACUGAGUUUUUUGUUGUCUGCUUGUGUUUUAUCAUUUCAAACCACAUGACAGUGAACAAACAUGCAUUUACAUGGUUACAAGUCUGAAAUAAUAAAGCCACAUUGACAGUU